UCAUAUCACUUUCCUAAAGACCACAGUUUCCUUUUCCUGCUUAAGAUCAAGAUCUCAGGAGUCCUACAAAAUGUGUGAUGGGUUUGUAGGAAGUUGGAAGCUUAUUUCCACUGAGAAUUUUGAUGAUUACAUGAAAGAAGUGGGAGUGGGUUUUGCCACCAGAAAAGUGGCAAGCAUGGCUAAACCCAAUAUGAUCAUCAGUAUUUCAGGAGAUGUGAUUACCAUUAGAACAGAAAGUACUUUUAAAAAUACCGAGAUUUCCUUCAAACUGGGCCAGGAAUUUGAUGAAGUCACUGCUGAUGACAGAAAAGUCAAGAGUCUCAUAACCUUAGAAGAUGGUGCACUGGUUCAUGUUCAGAAAUGGGAUGGAAAAACAACCACAAUAAAAAGAAAAUUACUGGAUGGUAAACUUGUGGUGGAAUGCAUCAUGAAAGGUGUUACCUCCACUAGAGUCUAUGAAAGAUCAUGAAGGAGUGAUUUCUCAAUGGGCCAAAGCUGCCAAACCACCACUUUUUGUCAUGUGUGUGUUAUUAAAAUCAUUAUGGUUCUAUCUGAUUAAAUUGGGAGAAAUCCCAUUUGCAAAGCAUUUAUUUACUCCUUUCUGUUUUAUUCAUUCAAUAAACAUUUUUAACACUAAAA